ACCUAGAGCGCAUUAGAAUGUUUAAUAAUCCUAGCAGCGGCCUGGGGGACAGGUGGUGGUGGCCUGACCGACUUUUAAAGAAACCUUGGGGGGAGUUGGGCGGCAUCUUCAGUUGGACAUUGGCCUCCGUAAGACGAAGAGUCAGGGAAAAAGAGCCGUAGGGUGCAGGAGACAGGAGAGCACGAGCACGGGUGCCCCCUCGGAUUUCUUCUCGACGAUCCACAGAAUAGUAGAAGAAUGCGACUGUCGACGAUCUUCGAGCUGUUACUGAUCCUCUUGUUGGUGGCUUUCGCGGCUUAUGGUCGAGUAAUUGAUCGUAAUGAGACAACGCAUCGAGUGAUUCGUGCCGCAAAUAAUGUGAAGCAAAGCGACAUAGACUUAACGACGAUGUCGUUAAAACAAGCAACCGAUAGCGUAAACAGAUAUUGCACCUGCAACGAAAACAUUUGCAAUUGCUGCCGGGACUUUCACAUACCGCUAGUGCAGUUGAAAGGACCAGGAUGCGCCUCGUUGCAGUAUCUUCAGGGUGAUAAUUUGGCAGUCCAGUUGAGCUUCGGUGAUAAUAUAUUAACCAGCACGAUUGUUAACGGAAAAAGUCCGAAACCUGUGUGCGUACCGCUACCAGGUGGCUUUACCAAAUUUUGCGGCAGGAUUUAUUCCAUCCAACGUGAUGCAAAGAAUCACUUCAAAGCAUGCCUCGGUCUGGAAUUACAAUCUCCUACCGAGUUGGAAGCUACUCUUCGUGUUAGUUGCUUCAGAUUUGGUCCAGACGGUUUAAAGCUUCGACCAGCUGAACCACUUCCGACUGUCGAGACAGACGGUACUUCAGAGGAAGACGAUGAUGAUGAUGAUUUUUUCGGGCUUGGUGGGGAUGACGAUGACGACGAUGAGGAUGAUGAAAGACCCAUCCAAAAUACUGUUUCCGAUGCCUCAGGAGUUGAUGCACAGGUAUCAGAUGAUGACGACGACGACGAUGAUGAUGACGACCCGUUGGGUUUCAGUGCCCUACUGGAUAUCUUCGGUGGCGACGAUGAAUCGCCGACGCAAACUAAAGUUACCACCUCGGCGCCGUUGUUGGAAUUCACUAUACCAAUUCUGGCGCGACCAACGACUCCUGCACCGUUAGAGGAGCAUGAGCUACCCAUUUCCAUCAAUAAUGAAGAAGGUAAUUUUGAGGAACACGACGACAAUACCCAAGAACCAUUCAAGGCAGAAGAAGAAGAAGAAGAAGAAGAACAAGAGGAAGAAGAUACAGGGCUGACGGAGAGCAACACCGAAGACAAUACCGACGAGAACAAAGAACAGAUCACGGAGUCUUCUAAUAAAAUUGUGUAUACGGCGAAGCCUGACAAAGCGCCAACCGUUAAUAAAGUGAAGAAAGGAGUCAUCGGAGACAAAAAGAAACCUACGGUGACGUCGACCAGCGUCAACGCCAUUCAUGAUCCUGAGAAGCCAGCAAAGAAGCCCAUCAAGGACGAAGACGACGAAGACGAUGACGACGAUGACAUUUUAGAUGACGACGACGAAGAUAUCGAUGAUGACGAAGAUGACGAAAUUCUUGAUGAUGAUGACGAUGAUGAUAAGGAUGAUGAAGAAGACGAAGACGAGGAGGACGAAGAUAAACUGGACGAUGAUAAGGAAGUGGAACACGACGAUGAUGAGGACGAGAAGGCCGAGGACCUUGCCAUUUUGGAUGAUGAUGAUGAUGACGACGACGAUGAUGAAGAGGAAGACGCUGUGUUGAGUGCCCUUAUAGGUACUGGAAAAAGUAAGAAGAGCAAGGAAAAUACAAAGACCAAUCAGACUAACAUCGACAAACACGACGACGAGGAUUACGGUUUUGGACUUCUUGCCAGAGAGAGGCAUUCCAGUAAAAAUCGUCAAAGCAAGAUCACGAGGCUUUGAACAAAGCAUCGCUCCAGUCAGUAGAAUAAUUGGAAGUUGAAGAAAGCUCAUCCUUCUUAUCUGGUCAUGAAUUCGUUGGUCUGACAAAACUUGAGGUGUUUUGUUCGGAUUAACGGAGCGUUUGUCGAAGAUUCGGUGGAUUGUAUAAUUGUGACAGUGCAACCUAUUUUUUAAUGAUAAGAUUACAAGAGUCAACGUAUCUCGGCGUGUUUUUCUGAUGACGCUUAAAAAUCAUGGAUGUGUGUUUUCUCUCACGACAUUUUAACUAUUUUACAACAAUAAAAUGUAAAAGAGAUUGCUAAUUUUACAAUAAUUUGUAACUGAUUUUAUUACUGAAAAGUAAGCGGUUUACUUUGCUAUCACAAUUAUUUUGUUUUUUUUACACGUAGUUAAUUUAUUUAUUAAAUAACAUGGAGACUGAUAUGAGAUCUUACAGCAAAGAUGGAAGAGCUUUCUUAAGAAGAGGCUCAAAUAGAGUUGCAUAAAAGAUUUUUAGAUCUUGGAAACAAGAUCUUUUAAGAAGAGAUCAAGAAUCUCCAAGAAGAGAUUUUUACAUAUGCGAGAAUUUAAAAGAUGCUGCUUGUAAGGAAGACUUAUAUAUUGUUCGUGACCUCAGCCAUAAUAAAUUGCUCGAUUAGUUUAAUGUUAUUUAUUAAGAGCAAAUAAAUAUUUAUUAUUUAUGUAUUUAUUAAGUUAUUUAUUGACUCUGUAAUAAAUAAAUAAAUAUAACGCGUUACAUAUUGUA